UAAAAACUUACUGUGAGAAUGAGCGCUUUGGCCGGUGAUAAAAUUUCCAGUGAAGGGGUACUAUGACGAAAGAAGAUACGCAAACUUUCGUUUCGUCAAACAGAUAAUUAAAUAAAAAUUUGGGCACUAGCCUACCGAUCAGUUUCUUCACCGAGCACUUUCAGUUUCUUUAGAAACCCUAAGCCGGCAAAUUCUCACUCACCGGUUUCCAGAUUCAGCGAUGGUUGACCCGUCGUUACCGCCUCUGCCUCCGACGGAACGCGCCUCCUCUGAGUCGAAGGAGGACAAGUCGUCGGUGCUCUCCGCCGCCGAAUUACUCUCGCGUUACGAGGUCCUUAAACGACGGUCGCAGCGCAUCAAACGACUCUCGAAGCUUUACAAGUCGCACUACUGGGCAUUGAUGGAGGAGCUGCGAGCGAAGCACAAGGAGUACUACUGGAUGUACGGGAAGAGUCCGUACAGAGACGACGACCAGAGUUACAAAGAGAAUAGUCAUAAUGAUUGGAGUAAUGGUAAGAUUAAAGAAGAAAAUAAUGGUACGAACCGGAUGGAGGGAACCGGAGAGGACGACGGUUUGAUGGUGAAGAAGUGUGGUGUCGCGGGGUGUAAAUCGAAGCCAAUGGCGUUGACAAGGUUUUGCCACCCCCAUAUCUUGUCGGAUUCGAAACAGAAGCUGUAUAAGGCCUGUUCUUAUGUUGUUAAAAGUGGUCAUACUGGACCUAUUCUCUGUGGAAAGCCGACACUGAGAUCCACUGUUCCUUCUCUGUGCUCCAAUCAUUUUCAGAAGGCAGAAAAGCAUGUUGCACGAGCCCUUAAAAAGGCAGGUCUUAAUGUCACUUCACCAAGCAAGGUUGCUCCUAAAUUACAUGUUGUUGUUGCAGAAUAUAUCCGCCAAAUCCAAACCAAAAGAAGAGCUGUACAGAAGGCCUCUAUGGCCAAAAUUGAGAUUAAGGAAGAAAAAGCUAGUUAAAAGUCUGGUUGGUUCUGCAGAUUAAACUGUUUAAGGCUUGAUAUCUCUGCAAAUUGAAAUACUCAAGGCUUGAUGUUUCUGCAGAUUUUGAUCUGUGUAGAUAGGUUCAAUUGUUUAUGAGGCUGAUAGAUUUCAAAUCUGGGUGUCAAGUGAUAUUUGUGAUUGAAUGGAGCUAGACCAUCUUGGUGCGACUUUGGAUUUUGCCUUGCUAGUCAAUUCUCUGUGCAUGCUGAAGGUCAUUCUACUUGUGUAUUAUAAAUUCGAGGUGGACACAUGAAAUUACUGAUUCUUAGUAAUGGGUGACGUAAACGAAGAAUAUGGAGUUCAAGACUCAGUUUAUAUAUAUGCUACUGGAAUUGUGGGAGAAUUGGCUGGUGAAAAAAUAUAUAUAUGUAUAAUGACGGACAUUUCAACAGGCUGUUUGGUAAAAUCCAUUUGUCUGCAAUUUUUUUGCGUUGAUUAAUUGUCCAUAUUUCUAAAUCUUGUAUGAAAGAAUGCUAUCUGUGAA